AUGGCGACGAUGUGUUCGUCUUCCUGGGCGUUGGCGAGCGCCUCCCUGCCCGUCCGCAGGGCUGCUCCGAACCAAUCACUCACUCGCUGUGUGACCUGCUGGUUGCCGUAG